CAGGCAGGCAGGCACGCAGGCAGGCAGCCACGCAGGCAGCCAGGCAGGCAGCCACGCAGGCAGCCAGGCAGGCAGCCACGCAGGCAGCCACGCAGCCAGGCAGGCAGGCAGGCAGGGCAAGUCAGUCGUCCUCCAGAGGUGCAGCGGCAGCUAACGCUCCACACCACUGCUUCUAUAUAUGUGCUGUCACAGUGCAGACAGCGGUUGUAAACAUGGCGACGGACGGGAUGGUGCUCACCAACCACGACCAUCAGACCCGAGUGGGAAUUCUGACAGUCAGUGACAGUUGUUUCAAGAACUUGGCUGAGGACAGGAGUGGGGUCAACUUGAAGGACCUGGUCCAUGAUCCGUCUCUGUUAGGUGGCGUCAUCGCAGCCUAUAAAAUUGUUCCAGAUGAAAUGGAUGAAAUCAAGGAAACCCUUUUGGAAUGGUGUGACGACCAGGAGCUUAAUCUUAUUCUCACUACAGGAGGAACUGGGUUUGCACCACGUGAUGUCACGCCAGAGGCCACCAGAGAAGUGAUUGAGCGAGAGGCUCCAGGCAUGGCUCUGGCGAUGCUGAUGGGAUCUCUCAACGUGACACCGCUGGGCAUGCUGUCCAGGCCAGUGUGCGGUAUCCGUGGUAAAACUCUGAUCAUCAACCUGCCAGGGAGCAAGAAGGGCUCUCAGGAGUGUUUUCAAUUCAUCCUUCCUGCUCUGCCUCACGCCAUCGACCUGCUGCGCGAGGCCACCGUCAGGGUCAAAUCGGUCCACGCCGCGCUGGAGCAGCUGCCUUCUCCUUCUUCUCUACUGUCCAACGCGCACAGCAACUCCCACACCAUGGAGCGCGGCACCCAGUGCGAGGAGGAGGAGGAGGAGGACGAGGAGGAGGACGAGGAGGAGGAAGACAGGCGGAGAGGUCGACAUGCGCACCACCACCACCACCAUCAUCACCAUCACCAGCACGGCUCCUCCCACAUCACCGCAGCUGCCAUCGCUGCAAAGCGCUGCCAUGCAGAGGUCAUGGCUAAGGGGGGCCCCUAUCUGGCCGGCAACACCCCUGCCCCUCCCACUCAUUUCACCUGCUCCUGUAGCCAUGACCAGCAGAUUCCAGACUCGAUUAUUUCUCGAGGCGUUCAGGUGCUUCCUCGAGAUUCUGCCUCUUUGAGCUCCACCCCUUCUGAGUCACCACGGGCAACACAGGCCACCUCCCGCCUUUCCACUGCAUCAUGCCCAACACCUAAGGUCCAGUCCCGAUGUGGCAGUAAUGAGAACAUCCUGAGGGCCAGCCACAGCGCGGUAGACAUCAGCAAAGUGGCACGGCGUCAUCGGAUGUCCCCGUUUCCUCUGACAUCCAUGGACAAAGCCUUCAUCACUGUUUUAGAGAUGACGCCUAUUCUGGGAAUUGAAGUCAUUAAUUACAGAGGUCAGUCAGCGGGUAGAUCAGAUCAAGUUCAACUACUAUGCGCCUGCGUCAUUCUUGCAUUAUGUACGUACGUAUUGUUUUUUCUAGACGGAUUGGGUCGAGUGCUCGCUCAGGACAUCUAUGCCAAAGACAACCUUCCUCCAUUUCCCGCCUCGGUUAAAGACGGCUAUGCUGUAAGAGCCGCUGACGGCCCAGGAGAUCGCUUCAUCAUGGGAGAAUCGCAGGCCGGACAACAGCCUACCCACACGGUGAUGCCGGGCCAAGUGAUGAGGGUGACCACCGGCGCUCCCAUUCCUUGUGGCGCCGACGCAGUCGUCCAAGUGGAAGAUACGGAACUCUUGAGAGAGUCUGAAGAUGGCACCGAAGAGUUAGAAGUGAGGAUUAUGGUACAGGCUCGGCCCGGACAGGACAUCAGGCCUAUCGGUCACGACAUCAGACGAGGAGAGUGCGUGCUAGCCAAAGGGACGCACAUGGGGCCAUCGGAGAUCGGGCUGCUGGCUACGGUGGGAGUGAGCGAUGUCAGCGUGCACAAGUUCCCGGUGGUGGCUGUCAUGUCCACUGGAAAUGAGCUUUUGAAUCCAGAGGAUGACCUUCACCCGGGAAAGAUCAGAGACUCCAACCGCUCCACUCUGCUGGCGACCAUCCAGGAACACGGAUACCCGACCAUUAACCUGGGCAUCGUUGGAGACAACCCCGAUGACCUGCUCUCAGCUCUCCACGAGGGAAUCAGUCGUGCCGAUGUCAUCAUCACCUCAGGGGGUGUGUCCAUGGGCGAGAAAGACUUCCUGAAGCAGGUGCUGGAUAUUGACCUUCAUGCUCAGAUUCACUUUGGACGUGUGUUCAUGAAGCCAGGCCUUCCGACUACUUUUGCCACCGUUGACAUUGACGGAGCGCGGAAACUCAUCUUUGCUCUGCCAGGUAACCCAGUGUCUGCAGUGGUUACAUGUAAUCUCUUUGUGAUCCCUGCACUGAGGAAGAUGCAAGGCAUUCUGGACCCUAGACCCACAAUUAUUAAAGCCAGGCUUUCGUGUGAUGUGAAGCUGGAUCCUCGACCAGAGUACCAUCGCUGCAUUCUCACCUGGCAUCACCAGGAGCCACUGCCCUGGGCUCAAAGCACAGGUAACCAAGUGUCCAGCAGGCUAAUGUCCAUGCGUAGUGCCAACGGCUUGCUGAUGUUGCCGCCUAAAACCGAGCAGUACGUGGAACUGCACAAGGGAGAAGUUGUGGAUGUCAUGGUCAUCGGACGGCUAUGAUGCAGAUUUCAGUCACUCAUGACAAAUACAUUGACGGUGCUGGAACUUCCUGCCUGCACAGGAGGGGGGACAAAAAAAAGAAAAAAAAUGGGCGGGGGCAUCUAUUAGCUGUGAUGUCAUAUGCAACAGCCAGUUGGAGCCAGCAGAGGCUGAAUCCUCAUUGGUCUGCAUUGUGAAGAUAUUAAGAAAAAGAAAUGUGAAGAAAUACGUAUAUACAAAUGAGAUUUAUUCUGUAAUAUUCUAUGAUUCUCCUGAUUAUAAUGAUGAUUAAUAUCUGUACUUUAUAUUAUUCUGGUUCUGAUGGACUAUCAUCAUCAUUCUAGUAGUAAUCCCAUUGUUGUCUCUGGAUUUCAUUUGCUUUGUGCGUUGAGCACUUUUUCUGACUAGCUAUAGAAUGAGUCCUUCCUCUGCUUCUGCCACAAGCCAUUUUGUCCCUUUCCUUUUUGCUCUUUUGUACAAAGCCAAUGAUUGAUUGAAACCCCUUGCGCAGCCAAGCCAAAAGAAACGUUGACUGUCCGUACGCAAGAGUGAUAAAGUAAGUCCUUCAAAUAAAGGUGCACACUACGUGACCCGAUGAAACUGGUGAACCUUUACGUUGGGCCACGAUAGUGAUUUCUCAUCCUUGCGUUUCGAGUAGCUAUUAUCUCUUCUUUUUUUUUUUCCCCGCUCUCUCAUAGAGCAGAGCCUGCAAAUGGAUGGCAGAUAAUUAUGAGCUGUUGUCAAAUGUGGCCGCUGGCUCCGUUAGGGCAAUGCAGGUUAGAGCACUUUUGCUUUGAUUCAGCCAUGCGCAUUCGUGUCACUUGGCAGCAUCUUGUUCACUUUGUCGAGGUCAAAUGCUAGGAAAGUCUUGAGGACUUGUGAUGCAAGCAAAAAAGUUCCAAAAUAGUACAUAGAUGGGCUCAUUGGAUUGAUCUAUUUUUCUUGGACUUUUUUCAAAUUUGUGGGAUUUGGUGCCUUGAUCAAGGACAACGCUCAGGAAGCAGACGACGACGAUAACAACAACAAAGGAUUCCGAGGAAUCGGAACCCAUCGGCAAAGUCUCAUCAUCUCCAUUCAGUUCUAUCUUUUUGCAGCGCAGCCGGGUCGGAGCUUUUCAUCGAUUUGGUCGACAUUGCAGCGCCGCCUCAAUUUUUCAACAUUGGCUUUGUGCAGAAAUUGCCUUCUCUAUUUCAGGAUUUGCCCACCUGGAUCGAAGGCAACCGUUUCCAAAAAUGUCAUUAAGCGAAUGCUGAAAUAAUGCCGAUCCAACGUACCGGCAAACGGCGGGAAAGGUCAACCUGUUUUAUUGAACAGAGAGCCGUGACGACAUGGGAAUACAUUUGAAUUGUCCUGCCUGGUGCAGCUCAGCAAAAAUAGAUUGAAAGAAAAUGAAACGCAAUCAUUUGCCGCCGGGUUGGGAAUGGCUUCUCUUUGUUACAUAAAACUUCUUCCAGUGAUUUACCGUCGCAUCGUUCGAUUGUAUUGAAGUCCACAAUCGGAAUCGCUGUACUGUAUGCACCCCGACAAAUGUGACUGAUAAUAGCAUUUGAUCUGUUCUUUCGUAAAUAUUGAACCGAUUGGAACGGCAUCCCUUUCUAUACAAAGUAGAGUAGUCGACUGCGAUUCGAGACGGACCUUGAAGAAUUUGCCAAAUAAGCGCACCGUAAGCAAUCUACCCCCACCCAGCCUUCGCUCCAAAACUUUGCUGAUUCUUCUUGUCAUUGUUACGGGUGCCAAACGAAGGCGGGCGUCCGUCCAGAAGGAGUAAUGCUGCAUUCUCGUGGUAGGAGAAAAACAAGUUGGUUGCACUGCACUGAUACUAUUCAUUUGAUGAAUACACGUACUACAUAGUGACGGCACCAAGUUGACUUGUUGAUGUUUUUAAUGAAAGGAUGCUGCUAGUAAUUGUUUUUUUUGCUUCACUUGCCCAAAGUUUGAGGAUGCAAGUCGUUGGUUCUUUUUAAUUGGAAAAAAUGAGUUCACGUCACCAUCGUCAUUUGUGACAUGGAUGCAGCACGAGCGAUUGGUGUCUUUGAGCCUUUCUCCUGACUGACUGACUGACCCUUGUUGUCUUUGCUCAACCCCACCCGUAUUCCUACCUCCCCUUUGGUGAAGCUUACGCUUUGGGCAGGUUGCCAUUAUGGGCAGGAUUUCUUUCUAAUAUUAAUGCUCCAUUUGUCCUUGUGCUUAUUUUGAUUGUUCUCUAUGUAAGGUGAUGUUGGCCCAUUUCUAUUUAUACCUGUAGUGUGCGUGGGCGUGCGUAUAUCAGAAUUAUCCCUGAUACCUCAGAUGUAGAUUGGUUAAAGCGGGGGUCUCAUGCUGCGCUCAUGUCUUAGAUGGCAAAGUGGAGGAAGGUGAAGUGAAUGACAUUUUAGCUUGGUCAGCGGUUGUUCACACAUUAGAAUAAAAAAAGUGUUUUUUUGCCAUUCCUCCAGUGAACUCCAUUAUGACCUGAACACAGCAUAGGAGCUCUUGCGGGCAGGCACCUGCCCAGCCCCAAGAGGUGGGAAUCAAAGCCUGACGGAUUGAUUGGCGUAAGAAAAAAGCAGCUCAUUACUGCCUUUGUACUGAGUGAUUCUUAACACUUGACUGAAAUCAGUCUCACAUUGCACACACGAUAAAACGAUGACCAGCACUUGAAGCAAUUUCACAGCAUUCUACUAUUACUGUAUAAAAUAUCAUGUAAAUUGUUUUUCUGUAAUGAUAUUAUUGAAACUGGAAAUGAAUUAAUAAAAUGAAUCCUGAUUAUUCUA